UUGUUUCCAUGAGAGAUGCCUUUUCAAGUUCGCCAUGCAUUCAUUUCUUGACCCCGGAAAACCUCGCUGCCCUCUGUAUAGGUUGAGCUUGAUGACUGUCGACGGAACAUGCCCUAUCGGAAAGAUUUUUGCGGGCGGCUCGAUCAGCAAGGACCUCGUUUUCGAGUUUGACCUUCUGGACACUAUAGAGCUACUGCCCACGCCUGAGCCAGUCCUAGAAGCAAUGCAUAAAGUGGUAAAAGCUACGAAACGUGCCACACACAAACGAAGGCGUCAUUUCUUUGAAAAGAUGGCGACCCAAGAAUUCCAAGCGGCUAGAAUGCUACUUGAAGGUUUAUCAGAAGAUCACGAGCCAAUGCAUCCGGAUUUCCUUUGGGUACACGGCCUGUCGGCCAUGCACGAAGCCGCGGCACGCGACGACAGUUAUGCCGUCAUGUUCCUACUUGAACAUGGCGCAGACAAAAAUUUCAGGUCCGAGGCAGGCCUCACCGCACUUGAAUAUGCUGAAGCGGCAAGGGCACCCUGUUCAGUCUCUGUAUUGCGAGGCGAAACCGACUUUUAG